AUGCAAUUGAAAUUAGUUAUUACACUCAUUGUUGGUGUUUUGUUUAUGUCCACCUUGGAUGCCGCCAGGCUUAGAAAGAGAGAUGAUAUUUGUACUAAUAAUGUACAUCAUUUACCACCUACAAAUGGUCAGCAAAUUGAAACUGGUUCAUGUUCAUCAACAGUUCAAGGCGAAAUCCCUGCAGCAAAUGCUGGAUCUUCAGUCGGAAGUGGUCUUGUUGGUCUUUCGACAACAGUAGAUGGAGGAUUAUCGGCUGGAGCUUAUCGCUUAUGUACUCUCAGUGGUACAGAAACUCAUCAACCUUGGAUCAUGCCAGUUGCUAAACGCGGUUCUCAAGAUGAUUGUAUUAGAUUCAAUGUUCAAUAA